GAGCUGCUGUGCUUAGCCCAUAAGUUUAUUCCGUGAUUCAGUAGGUUGGUUAUGGUUUCUUUCUGUGUGUUUUUUUUUUCCUGUAUUUUUUUUUCCUGUAUGGUUAGUUUUCCUGUAUUCCCUUGCUUGCUUAUUUUCCCUGACUUGCUCAUGCCCCUUCAUUUCUCUCUCUCUGACUUUUUUCUCUUUUUCCUUAUCCCCGACUUCUACCUGAAUGCUAGGCGCUGGGCCAGGCUCUGGGGAGUCAUUGGUGGAUUAUACAAGCCCAGCCCGUGACACCAUUCAUCAUGUAGCCUAGUAGGGAAGGCAUAUGGGUAUUUACAAUAUGGACAGAUUCCAUGGGGUGUUGCAGGGUAAUUGGGGGAGCACAGGCAGGUACUCCAUCCAUGGGCUUCAAGGAUGGUUUCCGAGUUGAGCUCUGGUGGGCAGGGAUGAAUGGGUUGGGCGGGGUGGUGUCAUGGUAGCGUCUCUGGGUAGGGGAAGAUACAAGAAUGAAGUGGCAGAAGAUCCAUCUGGAAGGAUGGAGAGAGGGUCGUUGUAGCUUGUAGUAGAGAGCUGGGGAGGAGUGAUGGGAGUCGGGGCUGGAGAGCUCAGGAGUAGCCAGGCAAUGAUGGAUGUUGAAGCCUUGUUAAGGAGUUUUGACAUUAGGUUAAAGAUGGUGAGAAGUCUGGGGUACAAAAUUCAGCAAGUAGGAAAGGAUAUAGCAUCUCUGACUGUUGUCCCCCCGCCACUUCGUUUCCAUCCUUGCAGACAACUGCUGUUGACAGGUGCACCUACUGGUCUCUGGCUCUUCUUUGUUUUUCCUUAUUUUCAUUUAAACAUCUAUCCUAGAGAUGGGUUGGAUUGUGUUCCCUCCAAAUUCAUGCGUGGAAACCCUAACCCCAGUGCCUCAGAAUGUGACCCUAUUUGGAGAGAGGGUCUUGUAUGUGGAUGAUCAAGUGAAAAUGCAGUCAUGAGGGUGGGUCCUAAUCCAGAGUGACUGCUGUCCUUAUAUAUAAGAAGGGGGAAUUUGGACACGGACAUACGUAGAGGGGAGAUGAUGGGAAGAGACUUAGGGAAAAGGCAGCGAGCUACCAGAAGCAAGGAGAGGUUUAGAAUAGAUACUGCCACCACAGCCCUCAGAAGGAACCAGUCCUGCUGACACCUUGAUCUUGGACUUGUAGCUUCCAAAACAGAAUAAAUAUUGGUCGUUUGAGUCAUUCAGUUUGUGAUGCUUGGUUAUGGCAGCCCUAGCACAUGAAUGCCCUUAUCAAGAGUAGACAAGAAUAUGGAUUAUAAAUUAUGGUAUCUGUUUUUUUUAUUUAAACUUUCUAUUUAAUGCAUGGGAAAAGUUAUGUGAUAAAUGAAAGCUUCAAGCAUGCAAGACAUAGAUACUGUAAUGAAUUCCCACACAGCUUCCACCCAGCCUGAAUUAGCUGCGGCCCAUCUUUCUUCAUGCUGCCUCCAUCCACUUCCUCUACGCUUCGUGCUGUUUGGAAGCAAAUUGCAGACAUCAUUAAGUAGGUCACUAUCUCCAAAAAAUAAGGACUACAUUUAAAAACAACCACAUGACCAUUAUCACUCCUAGGAGAAAUGAAUUGCAUUUUCUUAAUAUGGUCAGUUAUUUAUUCAGUGUUCAGAUUUCUGAUAGCCUGAAAUGUCGUAAGUUUUAAAAUAGGUUGAAUCAUGAUUCAAAUAACAUCCAUAUGUUGGAAUUGGUGGGUAGAUCUUCUAAGUCUCCUAAUGUUUGCCACCCUCGGUCUCUUGAUCUCUUUCCUUUUUUCAGUUUCCUAGGUUUUUACUCCCCAAGUGUUUUUCAUAGCCUGUAUUUUGCUGAUGACAUUCUUGCAGUGAUAUUUAACAUGUUUCACUAUUCAAGGUGUUUUCUACACAUUGACAUUUGGAUCUAGAUGCUUGGUUUGAUAUUCUGUUUUUGUUUGCUUGUUUUGGGCAGUACUGUUUCAUAGGUGGUGGUGUGUUUUUCCGUCAGGAGACACAUGAUGUCUUUGUUUCUGUGUUAUCAGUUAUUGAUGUAAAUUUGAUGUGUCAUAAAAUAUUAUUUUGGAUAUCAAAACGAUUUGAAAACGUGGAUUCUUAAUUCUUAGCUUUCAUGCCAUACAAAAACAAAAACUAUGAGUGGGAUUUCACCCACUGGACAUAGUUUCCUGAUUGCUGUUACCCCAAGAGGGAAAAUGCUUAGACCACAGGGGUACCAAGCUCAAUGUUCCAAAACUGUGACAAAUUGUUUGCUAAGGUAGUUGUAACACCGGCAGUGAGUAAGCAGCUCUACUUCCUGAAAUUGAGGUCUUUACAUUGGCAGUUCACUUUAAAGGAAACCAAGGCUCUUUGGGGAAAUAAUCGAUAGGAGGUCUCAAACAAAACUAUAAAAGAUGAGCCUGGAACAUCCCAGGAAACAAGAAUUCCACCGUGGCCUGCUGGGACUCUGUUGGAGGGCUUGGGAGCAAACCCCUUUAGAGGCCCUGCUUGCCAAAGAUAGGACAAUGGGAGGCACCACCUGCUGCAGAAGUUUCCUCAUCUUUCGUGAUCCUGUGUGUGUGCAGUUUAAUAAUAUUAAUAGUGUUAAUUGCAAACUGUGUAUCCUGCUGUAAGGACCCAGAAAUAGACUUUAAGGAAUUUGAAGAUAAUUUUGAUGAUGAGAUAGAUUUCACACCACCAGCAGAAGAUACUCCCUCUGUUCAGUCCCCAGCAGAGGUCUUCACACUUUCAGUACCAAAUAUUUCACUACCAGCUCCCUCACAAUUCCAGCCUUCUGUAGAAGGAUUGAAGUCUCAAGUUGCCCGCCACAGUCUGAACUACAUACAGGAAAUUGGAAAUGGCUGGUUUGGAAAGUAUUCUUCAGCAUCCAAAUAUUCUUCAGUGUGUUGGACAGUGCGUAGAAGCGAUCCCCUACCUCCUGGUGUUUGAGUUCUGUGACUUGGGCGACCUGAAGGCGUAUCUGCGCAACGAGCAGGAGCACAUGCGGGGGGACUCACAGACCAUGCUGCUGCAGAGGAUGGCGUGUGAGAUCGCCGCAGGGCUGGCUGCCAUGCACAAGCUGCACUUCCUGCACAGUGAUUUAGCCCUGCGGAAUUGUUUUCUCACCUCCGACUUAAAUGUGAAAGUAGGUGAUUACGGAAUAGGAUUCAGCAGGUACAAGGAGGAUUACAUUGAAACAGAUGAUAAAAAAGUUUUUCCUCUACGAUGGACUGCUCCAGAAUUAGUAACCAGCUUUCAAGACAGACUGCUAACUGCAGAUCAGACUAAGUAUAGUAAUAUCUGGUCCCUGGGUGUGACACUUUGGGAGCUUUUUGACAAUGCUGCACAGCCGUAUUCAAAUCUUUCCAACUUAGACGUCCUCAACCAAGUAAUUAGAGAGAGAGACACAAAGCUCCCGAAGCCCCAGCUGGAGCAGCCCUACUCUGAUAGAUGGUACGAAGUCUUACAGUUCUGUUGGCUGCCACCAGAAAAGAGACCCGCGGCUGAAGACGUACACAGGCUGUUGACUUACCUGCGGCUGCAGAGCCAGCGGGACUCAGAGGUCGACUUUGAACAGCAGUGGAAUGCUCUGAAGCCGAACACAAACAGCAGAGACACCUCCAACAAUGCUGCAUUCCCAAUUCUCGACCACUUUGCCAGGGACCGGCUGGGUCGUGAAAUGGAGGAAGUCCUCACUGUGACUGAAACCAGCCAGGGCCUGAGCUUUGAGUAUGUCUGGGAGGCUGCUAAGCAUGACCACUUUGAUGAGCGCAGCCGGAGCCACCUGGAUGAAGCUUUGUCCUACACGAGCAUCUUCUAUCCGGUGGAAGUUUUUGAGAGUUCGCUUUCAGAUCCUGGGCCCGGAAAGCAAGAUGAUAGUGGCCAGGAUGUGCCCCUGAGGGCCCCCGGAGUGGUUCCUGUUUUUGAUGCCCACAACCUUUCUGUUGGAAGCGACUAUUAUAUCCAAUUAGAAGAAAAAAGUGGUAGUAACUUGGAGCUUGAUUACCCGCCAGCGCUGCUCACGACCGACAUGGAUAAUCCAGAGAGGACUGGCCUGGAACCGUCCCAGCUCACGGCUCUCAGGAACGUUGAGCUUGAGGAGUCCAGUACAGAUGAGGACUUCUUCCAAAGCAGUACAGACCCCAAAGAUUCUAGCUUACCAGAGGACUUACACAUGACCAGUGGCCCCGAGAGCCCUUUCAACAAUAUAUUUAAUGACCUGGACAAAUCGGAAGAUUUGCCCAGUCACCAAAAAAUAUUUGACUUAAUGGAACUAAACGGAGUCCAGGCUGACUUGAAACCUGCCACUUUCAGUUCAAGUUUGGAUAACCCCAAAGAGACAGUCAUAACGGGCCACUUGGAGAAAGAAAAGCCCCAUAAGCUUUUUGACGGUGAGCCUGUCUCCCUGUCAGAUAAUCUUAUGCACCAAGAUAAUUUUGAUCCAUUGAAUGUUCAAGAAUUGUCAGAAAACUUUUUAUUUCUUCAAGAGAAAAACUUACUAAAAGGCUCAUUUUCCAGCAAAGAACAUAUAAAUGAUCUUCAGACAGAACUUAAGAAUGCUGGUUUUACUGAAGCCAUGUUAGAAUUGGAAACGUCACGUAGAAACUCUUCAGAUACUGAGCUUUCGUUUGCUGAAGAUAAGCCAGGCUUGUCUUCAUUACAGAAAAACAUAAGCACAAAGGGUAAAGAUACAGAUGUCAUGCUCACAGGUGACACUUUGAGCACCUCAUUGCAGUCCUCCCCGGAAGUACAGGUAUCUCCUACCUCCCUCGAAACAGAAGAAACGCCCCAUCGGGUACCCCCAAACUCACUCCGGACACAGGGAGAAGCCCAGCCCACGUGUUUAGAUGUUACUGUCCCGGAGGACUGUCUCUGCCAGGACAUCAGUCCAGACGCUGUGAUUGUCCUGGCUGAAAUUCCCUCCACUGAUGCCAGAACCCGCAGCAUGGAUGACAGGUCUCAGGACGCUCCUGGCCAGAGUGAGGAGACCCUGAGACUCACCGAAAGUGACUCUGUUCUUGCUGAUGACAUCCUUGCCAGUAGGGUGAGUAUGGGAAGUAAUCUUCCAGAACCGGGACAGGAUUUACAUAGUAAACCGCUUUCGGAAGACCAUCACAGUCAUUGCCGACUGGAGAAAAACUUGGAGGCUGUGGAGACUUUAAAUCAGCUCAAUUCUAAAGAUGCAGCGAAAGAAGCAGGCUUGGUGUCUGCCUUUUCCUCAGACUCUACCAGUCAGGACAGCCUCCUGGAGGACAGCUUGUCAGCGCCCUUUCCAGCCUCAGAGCCAUCCCUGGAAACCCCGGACUCUCUGGAGUCAGUGGAUGUCCACGAAGCACUACUGGACUCUUUAGGAUCUCACACUCCCCAGAAACUCGUGCCCCCCGAUAAGCCAGCAGACAGCGGCUACGAAACAGAGAACUUGGAGUCUCCUGAGUGGACCUUGCACCCCACACCCGAGGGCACCUCAGACUCAGAACCAGCCACCGCAGGCGAUGGCCACAGCAGUCUGCCCCCCAACCCAGUCAUCGUCAUUUCCGAUGCCGGUGAUGGUCACAGAGGCACAGAAGUGACCCCUCAGACAUUCACAGCUGGCUCGCAGGGUUCAUACCGUGACUCUGCCUACUUCUCAGACAAUGACUCUGAGCCUGAGAAAAGGUCUGAGGAGGUCCCAGGAGCCUCCGUAUCCACCUUGGUGUUGGUACAGGAGCAGCCCCUGCCUGAGCCAGUCCCCACAGAACAAAGUCCUGAUGCCCAGGAUAGCUGCCUGGAAGCCAAAAAGAGCCAUCCAGAUCAAAGUUGUCCAUCUGCUUUGCACAAGUCCAGUGACCUGGAAUUAAGAGACACGCCGGAGCCAGCACAGGCUGAUGUUCCCCAACAGGUGCAUCCCAUGGAAGAAGAAGCCAGCAGUCCCUGGAGCGUGCUGAAUUCAGAACUUAGCGGCGAUGACUUUGAGACACAGGAAGAUUGCCCCUGCACCCUCGCUUCCACAGGAACCAACACGAAUGAACUCCUUGCGUACACAAAUUCUGCAGUGGACAAGCCUCUGUCCAGCCACUCCGAGGGCCCCAAGUUGAAGGAGCCAGACAUCGAAGGGAAGUACCUAGGGAAACUCGGGGUGUCGGGGAUGCUUGACCUCUCGGAAGAUGGGAUGGAUGCGGACGAGGAGGAUGAAAACAGUGACGACUCGGACGAGGACCUGCGGGCCUUCAACCUGCACAGCCUCAGCUCCGAGUCGGAGGAUGAGACCGAACACCCCGUGCCCAUCAUCCUCAGCAAUGAGGACGGGAGGCACCUGCGGAGUCUGUUAAAGCCCAUGGCGGCCGGUGCCCCAGACCCGCUGCCUGAGGACUGGAAGAAAGAAAAGAAGGCAGUCACAUUUUUUGAUGAUGUCACAGUCUACCUGUUUGACCAGGAGACCCCAACCAAAGAGCUGGGGCCCUGUGGAGGAGAAGCGUGUGGCCCUGACCUGAGUGGCCCAGCCCCAGCCUCAGGCUCUCCCUACCUGAGCAGGUGCAUAAACUCUGAAAGCUCCACCGACGAAGAAGGUGGCGGCUUUGAGUGGGAUGAUGACUUCUCCCCAGACCCUUUUAUGUCAAAGACAACAAGUAACCUGCUCAGCUCCAAGCCUUCUCUCCAAACAUCCAAGUACUUUUCCCCACCGCCACCGGCCCGGAGCGCAGAGCAGAGCUGGCCACACUCGGCGCCUUACUCCCGGUUCUCCAUCUCUCCUGCCAACAUCGCCAGCUUUUCCCUCACACACCUGACUGACUCGGACAUCGAGCAGGGCGGAAGCAGCGAAGAUGGAGAAAAGGACUAGGUGGCUGCUGACGCGUGCUGGGGUCUGAGGCUGCUCCCCUGGAGCAGCGACAUGCACUCGACAUUUGCUGACAUGAGAUUGGGAGGAAGAGCCCGAGGUGAAGAGGGAGAGGGCUCUGAGCUGCAUUCGAGGCGGGGCCCUGGGGAGCCCUGGUAGGGAGUGAGGCCGUGUCCAGGAGCCGGCAUCCCUUGGUGCCCCGUGCACCUGCAGCCGUGUCUUCCCAGGCAGUGCCCACACACUGCCCGUUGGGGGAGGCAUGGGCACGGCCUCCGUGUGCGCACGUGCAUGGAGCUGUGCACACCAGAUGUGUGUGCGUUCCACAGGGGCGUCUCUGCGUCCACGCCUGCACAUCCUGGUCCGCACACAGGCAGGCACCAUGGAGGACAUGCGAGAGGAAUGGUCACCAGUGAGCCAUAUUUAUUAUUUCUAGAGAAAUCACGAAUUGCUUUCUGUAAUUGCACUGUGGGUAAAUGUUCUGAGAGUCUCCAUUGUUGUAUAGAAAAUUAUUCAAAGAAAUUGAGGCAGGUCAAGCUGGUGCUAUCCACUAGUUUGAUUUUUUUUUUCUGUUUAUAGUUUGUGCUGCAUGGUACUUGUAAAGCUUAAAUACUUUGAUUGUUCUGCUGUCUCUAGGACUGUUGGAAUUGUACAUAUGGUACUCUUUCAUAAAUGAUAAAUGAUUCUGAAUGUUAGUGUUUUAUGUUCUUAUAGGAAAUACUUUCACUGAGUCCAAAAUACCACUGUUUUGUUGAUGGAAUCGAAUGCAUUUUUGUCUCUUCUCAAUGAAGUGGAUUCCCCACAGCAAAUGAGGCUUCUCUCUGAAGGGCUGAAAGGUCCUGCGGCCUCUCCUUGUCAUUCUCCCACCUCACGUCCAAUUUUUUAAAGCCCUUUUGGUAAAAAUUGACAGGUCGUGCACCUCAGACCUCAGAUGGAUCCGGCCCAUCCCUGGGGACGUGCUGGUGUGGCGGGUCGGGAGAGCUGCAGCCCGCGCGGGGCCACCACUCUGCUUCCCUCUGUGCAGCUCUUCUGCCUGGUUUUCGGAGGGCAGGAUGCUGGGAAGCUUCCGUGUUCCCGUCAGUCCUUCCUUUGAGAAGCCGGGAACGCAAGACAGACGCAUCUCCGCAGAGCACGUCGGCCGGGGAGGAUGGUUUGAGUUGAUGAUGUGUGCACACUUCAGGUGGUGGGGACUUGAGCUUUAAAAGAACCUCCACAGCUGAAUCUUUCCCUGCGCGCCGCUCCACGUCACGUCCAGGCCUGGCUAGUCUCUGGUCAUCCCCUAUGGGAUGAAAUAACACCACAUCCCGCAGCUGUGAAGGGGGACAGACAAGGGACGACAGCAGAGUGUCAGCAGCCAACACACGGUCCAGGUCAGGACCUUGGCUGGUCCUGCGUGGUGGGGACUCAUCUGCACAGACUCUCCUUUCUGCAUUAAGCCACAAGGUCUUGUCCCGCUUUGAAAGGGCCUGAGUGCUCCCAUGUAGCUUCGUUACGCGGGCACGAGCCCAGGCGGUCAUGCACGACCUCACCCCUCCCUCCCUGAGUUCUGCUCCAACAUAAAAAGUCCCCGGUGGCUGGUGCCAUGCCGCCACGCUGUGCUGGGGAGGCAGCCGUUCCUUCGGGGCUCCUCAGGCCCUCGAUCACCUCACUCACACUCUUCACCCCACAUAUUUCCGGUGCUGAUACGUUUCCAGACUCCAGCGCAACCCAGGGUGGCUCUCCAGACCUCUGCAGGGACUGCCUUGGCUACACAGAAGGAAGUCGAACCCCAGUGCAAAAUGCAGGUGGUGUGGACAUUGCCAGAGUGUGCAUCGCAGAUGAUGACUUCAUUGCCAGUUUUGCACCACUCCACUCAUUUUUUACACAAAGCAAUAACUUUCCAAAGCAAGAAGUGUAGGAUGGAGAGAGUCCCCUUCUGUCCAGGCCUGGAGUGGACACGGCGCCCCCCUGGGCUGUCCAGGGUGCACCAGUUCUCAGGAUGUGUGAAUUUAAAGGACAAAAAGUAACAGGGCAUUAGAAAAUGAUUUUGCCAAAAUUGUCAUGACUCUUAAUUCUUGCUGUGGGACUUCCUGAGUUUUCUCAGUUUCUACAUCUAAGAUUAGUCUUGGCUGAGGAGAAAUGAGACGUGAUUAUACUGCUUUUUCCAGUUGCAGGUUUAAGGAGUUCAGAUUUAAUGACCAAAGUCACACAGAUCCAUGGAAUCUGUCGUCUUCUUAUACAGUGUCAGCCUCAAGGAAAUUUAUUGACCUUUUGGGACUGUCCAUUUUCCACCAGGAUUAAGAUUUUGGCCGGGCACGGUGGCUCAUGCCUGCAAUCCCAGUGCAUUGCAGGGAGGCCGAGGCUGGUAGAUCGCCUUGAGCCCAGGAAUUCAAGAUCAGCCUGGGGACAACAUGGCGAAACCCCGUCUCUACAAAAAAUAAAAAAAUAAUAAUUAAAAAAAAACUAGUUGGGCGCAUAGUGGUGUGCACCUGUAGUCCCAGCUACUUGGGAGGCUGAGGCGAGAGGAUGGCUUGAGCCCGGGAGAUGGAGGUUGCAAUGAGCCGAGAUCAUGCCACUGUACUCUAGCCUGGGUGACAGAGCCAGACCCUGCCUCAGAAAUAAAUAAAUAAAAAGAUUUUAACAACACAGUUCCCAUUUUUAUUUAUUUUGAGUCACUCAUAAUUAAUUGUCAAAAAAGCAUUUUCUACAUUGAGUUGGGGGGGUAGUGGAUCUUUGUGGUGUUGCAUGGAGGGGAAGAUUUUAUAUUUAUAAUCAACAUGUGGGUUAACAUGUUCUUUUGAGAUCUCAAGCAAUACCCAGGAAAUUUAAGUAGAAUAAAUAUUGCAGCCCAUUUUUUCAGAUGUCAGCAUGUGCUGUGUUCGGCUCAGUUUUUUGUUGUUUUUUAACUAAUAAGUUGGUUACCAUUGGCGGGUUUUCAAAAUGUACUUACUCCAAUAAGUUGUACGAUGAAAUAAAUCAGUGGCACUCUCUAGACAACGUGGGGGAAGGUUAGAAUAUUUUCUGGCCUUCUGUGGGUACCAACCCAGAAUCAAUCUGAAUUAGUCCUACUUUGGUAGAGUUUGCACAUUUUAAAUCCUGUAACAAAAAUAAGCUAGCUUUCAUUCUCUUUCUAGCUAGAUGCUAAUUUGUCUUUUCAAAUGACCCCGUCAAUAAGCCAGAAAGGGCAACACAGAAAAAGUGCUCCCCAAAUCCUUCUGCGACUUGGUGGCCUGUGUGUCUGGACGAGAAGCCAUUCAUCAUCAGGGCGCAGAAAGCUUGACCAAGCUAAAUUGCAGGCAGCAUCCAUUCUAUUUUUCAAUGUCCAGGUUCAAUUGUUUCUAUAGAAAUGGGUUUAUCUGAUAGAAAAGUCUUGGGAUGUCUUGCUGCUGUAAAAGGCCUUUCCGAACCCCCUCCUUUUAUCCUUGUUCUCCGUAGGGUGUCUGUAGAGUUAAGGGCCUUCCGCACGUCUGUCCCCAGGGCCCGGUAGAAGGAAGGCACUGCCUGACUCUUCCCCGACUCAGCCCAUCAUCUGAAAAUUCAGAAGUCAACCAAGGGUUAGACGCCCCCAAAGGUUGGGCUUCUGUUAGAGGGGCUUCAAAACAUGAGCCUUAUGAGAAGUAGCCUUAUAAAAAGAAGGGGUGUUCACAGUGACUUCCAAUGGAAAUCUCCAAAACAAUAUUCCUAGGUAGCAGUGGGGUUGGCUCAAUUCUUCAUUUACAAAGAACAUUCUCUUUCGUCUAUAAAUUCUUAAAGAUGUGUUGACAGUAUUGAAUUACCAACAGCCUGUGAAGAUGAGUUUGACGGGCAUGGACAUGUGCCGGUAUCUUCAUCAUGGGACUGGUGUAUUUAUCUACUGUCGGAUUCCGUGUGCAGGGGAGGACACGGGCCGCCAUACCCACCAGGCCUCCCUGCUGUCCUUUAACACAGGCAAAAGAGGUUCACGGCAAUAUAACAGUCAAUGGACUUUCAGUUUAAAUUGUGUACAUUUUUAAAUUGUAAGAUUUUUACUGUAUAUUGAUGCAUAGUGUGAUUGAACAAAUUGCUUGUAAUUUAAAAACUAUUUAAUAUUCAAAAUAAAUAUAGUUAUAUAUUUAUAAACUC